AUGGGAGAUAAAUUUACAAAUUUUUUAAAAUUACCGGAAGUUGAACAGACACUUCUAUCACAGCAAAAGGAAAUGCUUGGUACUUCUGAUGAUGAUGAAUACAAAGAUUUUAUUUGUGACAACGAUUCAAAUUGUUCUGGAGUUAAGGAAACAGACAUUCAGGAAAAACUUGAUAUUGACAAUAAAGAAAUGCUUAAUGAUUCAUUUUGCAGUCAUGAUGAGGAUUUUCGGGCCGAAGCUUCACCUCCGCAUACUAAUAAGGUUCGACAAUUCAUUUUUAUUUGCUGAAUUUGUAAAUUGCAUCUUUUUAAG